CAUUAUAUACUGUCAAAAAUGUGAGCUAAUAGUCUUCCAAUAAAUCUUAAUCAUACCGCUACAUUUUCUCUUUUCUUUCGGUCUUAUUUUUCUACAGCUGACACUUACAGAAACUAAAGGUAGAUGGUUAAGAAUCGAGCGAAUACUGUGGAAAAUUGUGUUUCUUGGUGCCAAAGAAUAAAGGAUAAUGUCUUUCAGCAUUAUAAAGCCAAAAUUUGGGAGCACAGUACACAAUAUUCAAAUGUCCCAUGGCAGAAAGAGGAAAAAGAAAACCCUCAUGAACCGAGUAUCGUAAACGAAAGGCUGAGAAGGAAAAGGACCAAGCAAAACAGCAGGGAUCCUUCCUGAAGUAUCUUCUCUUUAAUCCAAAUAAAGAUGGAAGCAGUUCAUAGCAUCCAGAUGAAGGAAUUUAACUUGGAGAGGAAGUUAACUCAUAUCCGCAUGGAAGCAGUUUAGAACAUCAAGAUGAAGGUAUAUUACUUCAAGAUGAGAGUAGCUCACAUCCACAAAAAAGCAGUUUGGAAACUCAAGAUAAUGGAAACUUACUUCUAGAUGAAGGCAGCUCACAGCAUCAGACUGAUAUGGAAGUUGAGAAAAUUUAUUCACCUUCAGAGAGACAUGCAGAAAUUGAAGUAAAGUAGAAGGAAGAAAGGAUGAGGAAGUCACAAACAAGUUACAGUAUGGGGACCCAGCUUCAUGGCCCAGAUGUGAUGACAGUGUGCGGCAAAUAUUCGUGGAACAUGGAUCUGAACAAGUUCAUGAAUUUUCCUUCCCUAAGGAGGGAAAUAAAAGAAAAUUCUCUGCUCAGCAUUACAAGAGGAAACUCUUUAAUGGGGAAGAAAUUCAUCGAAACUAGUUACAAUAUUCAGAGUCGAAGAACUUUGUGUUUUGCUUUUGCUGCAAGUUGUUUAGAAAUCAAGCAAUUGGUACAUCAUACUGAAAAUGGUUCAAAGGCCCAAAAACAUAUCUUAAAUUCUCUCUUCACAUGAAAGAAGUAUUUGGAAUGUUUUCAAAAUUGGAAAGAACUUGAAUUAUGAUUGAAAAAAGAAAAACUAUCGAAGAAAAUUUACGUGUGAUCAAGGAAAAAAGAAUAUUGGCAACAAAUAUUAGAGCAUCUGAUUGCUUUAGUGAGAGUUCUCAGUGGGCAAAAUUUAGCAUUCCUCAGCUAUGGUAGAAAUGAAAAAUUUUACACUCCGGGUAAUGGAAACUUUUUAAGAUGUGUUGAAUACGUACCUUUUUUUGAUCCAGUCAUGAAGGAGCAUCUAUGCAAAAUAACUGAUCAUGAAACACAGGUUCAUUACUUAGGAAAAAUAUACAGAAUGAAAUUAUUCAAAUCCUAGCAAAUGCCAUUAAAAAGAAAAUUGUAGAAGCUGCCCAUUCUGCAAAAUAUUUUUCAAUAAUACUGGACUGUACACCAGAUGUGAAUCAUGUUGAACAAAUGACGAUCAUUCAUUUUGUGGAUAUGGAAAAGUCUGCAGAGGAAGAUAAUGUUGAAGUGCUCAUAAAGGAACCUUUUUUGCAUUUCGUAUCACUGAAGGAGACCACUGGAGCAUUCAUGUCUGAAACUAUUCUACAAGAGCUUGAAACAAUGUCAUUAUCUGUUGAAAACUUACGUGGCCAAGGCUAUGAUAAUGGGAGUAAUAUGAAGGGUAAAGACAAUGGUGUGCAUAGGAAAAUGAUGGAAAUCAAUCCUAGGGCCUUUUUCGUUCCUUGCAGUACACAUUCUCUGAAUUUGUCUGUCAAUGAUGCUGCUAGAUGCUGUUUGGAGGCAAGUAGUUUCUUUGACCUGGUGCAACAUGUUUGUGUGUUUUUCUCAAGUUCAACAUGCCAUUGGGAGAUUCUGACUCACCAUGUGAAUUAUCUAACUGUGAAACCACUUAGUCAGACAAGAUGGGAGAGUCGCAUUGAUGCUUUGAAGCCUCUUCGCUACGAACUUGGAAACAUUUAUGAUGCCCUAACUGAAAUUUCUGAUACUACCUUUACUGGAUCAUCUGGCAACACGGCAUGUUCAGAUGCAGAAGCUCUUGCAAAUGGCCUUUCCAAGUUCAAAUUUGUGACUUCACUCAUUUUGUGGUAUAAGAUCCUUUUCGAGAUUAACCUCACUAGUAAGCAGCUUCAGGAAAAGAACUUGAACAUACAUGCUGCUAUUCAAAAACUGAAGCAAACUAAAAAUAUUCUGGAGGAAUUCAGAAGUGAUGAAGGAUUCGAAAGAACACUGGUAUAUUCUCUCGAGCUUGCUGAAGGAACAGACUUUCCAACAGAAUUUGAAUGAGAGCCAGUUCGCAUUUGGCAAAAUAAACAGCAGUUUUCGUAUGAAGGACAAGACACACCCAUUCAGAACCCAAAACAAAGGUUCAAAGUGAAUUUCUACUUUGCAGUCCUUGAUACUGCUAUUCACUCGGUUGACGAAAGAUUUCAACAGAUGCAGCAGCUAGAGUCGGUAUUUGGCUUUCUAUAUGAUAUCCACAGCUUGCAAAAGAAAACAGCAAAACAGAUAAGAGAAUUUCGUAUAAAACUGGAGUCGGCAUUGACUCAUGAAAAUUCAAAAGACAUUGAUGCUACAGAUUUGUGUAGUGAGCUUCAGGUUUUUUUAAGAUGACUUAAGAAACAUUCCACUCCUGAAGAAGUACUGAGUUUAUUUGUGAAAAUAAACUCAGUUUUUCAAACAUUUUUAUAGCUCUACACAUUCUUUUAACUUUGCCAGUUUCCAUAGCUAGUGGGGAAAGUAGCUUCUCAAAGUUAAAAUUGAUAAAAAUAUAUCUGCAUUCAACAAUGGUGCAAGAGAGACUUGUCAGACUUGCCACAAUGUCAAUAGAGCAUAAAAUAGCUGGAAAACCGGAUCUAAAAGAACUAGUAACUGAAUUUUCAAAACUUAAAGCAAGAAAAAUCAUGUUUUAAGAGCACAGCAUGUUUUUUAUUCGGAGUGUUUUGUAACUACAGGUUAAAGUUCAUUGAAGAGUUUUUUUUAUUUCUUUCUAUGUUGGAUGUGGUGGUAAUGGCAGUUAAAGCAGGAUAGCAUAAUGGAUGAUUUUGGAUUUGUAAUAAUAAAAAUUAUAAUUAACAUG